AUGGAGCUCUGGGGCUCCCGGGCGCCGCCGCCGCCGCUGCCGCUGCUGCUGCUUCUCCUCUGGGCCAGCCUUCUGCCCGCAAACAGCCACGUGGAGACCCGGGCCCAUGCAGAGGAACGACUGCUAGGGAAGCUUUUCUCUGGCUACAACAAGUGGUCCAGGCCUGUGGCCAACAUCUCGGAUGUGGUUCUGGUCCGCUUCGGCCUGUCCAUUGCCCAGCUCAUCGAUGUGGACGAGAAGAACCAGAUGAUGACAACAAACGUGUGGGUGAAGCAGGAAUGGCAUGACUACAAACUGCGUUGGGAUCCAGCCGACUAUGAGAAUGUGACAUCAGUCCGGAUCCCCUCGGAGCUCAUCUGGAGGCCAGACAUUGUCCUCUAUAACAAUGCUGAUGGGGACUUUGCAGUGACCCACCUGACCAAAGCCCACCUCUUCCAUGAUGGGCGGAUCCAGUGGACGCCCCCGGCCAUCUAUAAGAGUUCCUGCAGCAUCGAUGUCACCUUCUUCCCCUUCGACCAGCAGAACUGCACCAUGAAGUUUGGGUCCUGGACAUACGACAAAGCCAAGAUCGACCUGGUGAGCAUGCACCGACGUGUGGACCAGCUGGACUACUGGGAGAGUGGCGAGUGGGUUAUUGUGGAUGCUGUGGGCAACUACAACACCAAGAAGUACGAGUGCUGCGCUGAGGUCUACCCAGACAUCACCUACGCCUUCAUCAUCCGACGGCUGCCUCUCUUCUACACCAUCAACCUCAUCAUCCCCUGCCUGCUCAUCUCCUGCCUCACCCUGCUGGUCUUCUACUUGCCGUCCGAGUGUGGUGAGAAGGUCACACUCUGCAUCUCCGUGCUACUCUCCCUCACGGUCUUCCUGCUGCUCAUCACUGAAAUCAUCCCGUCCACCUCGCUGGUCAUCCCGCUCAUUGGAGAGUACCUGCUCUUCACCAUGAUCUUCGUCACUCUGUCCAUCAUCAUCACUGUCUUCGUGCUUAACGUGCACCACCGUUCCCCACGCACACACACAAUGCCCGCCUGGGUACGCAGGGUCUUCCUGGACAUCGUGCCUCGCCUGCUCUUCAUGAAGCGGCCAUCUGUGGUCAAGGACAACUGCCGGCGGCUCAUCGAGUCCAUGCACAAGAUGGCCAAUGCCCCUCGUUUCUGGCCGGAGCCCGAGGGCCAACCUGGCUUCCUGAGCCGGGAUCCCUCCCCCUCCCCAUCCUUCUUCGUCUCACUGGGGGAGCCAGUGAAGCUGUCCUCAGAGCAGCCCCCCACUCUCCAGCCCGAUGAGCCUGGGAAGACCAGUGUCUGCUCCUCGUCCAGCCCUAGCCACUUGCCUAGCAAUGCCCAGACCAAGGCACUGGUCAAGGCCAGGUCCCUGAGCAUCCAACACAUGCCUAGCCCCAGCAGGGCAGAGGACGGCUGUGUCCGGUGGCGAUCACGCAGUGUCCAGUACUGCAGUGACCGAGAGGAGUCCUCUGCCCAGGCUAAUGGCCAGGUGGCCAGCUCCCCGACCUCUGCACUCUCCACUGAGCCUGUGGCCCCAGAGCAGCCUUCUCCCUACAAGUGCAAGUGCAAGAAGGAGCCACCCGCCACCUCCGCCACCUCCACGCUCACGGCCCACAAUGCCAAAGUGCCCCGCCGCCACCUGCCCCUGUCACCGGCCCUGACUCGGGCCGUGGAAGGCGUCCAGUACAUCGCGGACCACCUGAAGGCAGAAGACACAGAUUUUUCAGUGAAGGAAGACUGGAAGUACGUGGCCAUGGUCAUCGACCGCAUCUUCCUCUGGGUGUUCGUCAUCGUCUGCCUCCUGGGUACCAUCGGCCUCUUCCUGCCACCCUGGCUGGCCGGCAUGAUCUAG